CACCACGGCGUGCGUCAUCUGCACUCGCGCCCAUCGCGUCGGGCACGUGUCGGGCCAUUGUAUUCAUCAGAGACUGCUAUCAAUAUCGUCAAGUGAACGGAAAGCGCUACGUUGGGAACCACGACACGCGUCGACGUAGCAGUUGUCCCUCGCAGUUUCCUGCUCUGGACUGCCUCAGCCAUGGCCGACAUCCCCCUCUAUCCCCUAUACGGCACAAGCUACCAUCUCUAUCGAGUCUCACCACUCUACCACGGCGAGAGCCCCCUUCUGAGUGAGCGAGGCCUCCGCACACAUGCGCGCCGCCUGAGGGACCUGCUCAAGGGCGACAAUGUUCGCGGCGUCGAGGUCGACUUUGCCCCCACUGCAGACGCCAUGCCCAAUCUGGGUCCAUUGGAAGAGUGCAAUUGGAAUCUCGUCGGCGAUGAAGACGCCUGGAUUGACCGCCACCGUCAAGUGCUCGACCCCGAUUCCUCGCAAGUCUCCGAGGUCGUUUCCCCCGACCGCGCUCGCGGAAUCGAAGUUGAGGUUGGAUAUGAAAGGUCGGCGUACAGCGCACUCCUCCUCCGUGAUCCUGCAAACACCACUUCUCCUGAUGGCUUCACGGCCCUGCCACUACUGCUCGUGAAAAUGCCUGCUCUGAUUCGAGAAGUAUUCUUGAACUACCUCAAAACUGCUUUCGACGCGCACAUAUCACCGCUGAGGCUCCCGUCCACAUUCCUGACCUCGACCCUCGAGUCCUACUUCCACCACCUUGGAGCCCCCACAUCCACGCAAAAGAUCCAGGAUGUGAUCCGGAAGCUACACAUCCAACUGGCCUUUCCUCAAACCACCGACCUCCUCAAACACAUCGACAUCACCAUAGCCGGCACAGAUGUCCCUGGAUUUCUCGCUCAAGGAAAACUCAUCCCAAACUCAUCCCAAAUUCCUUUCACGGCCGCACUCUCAAAAUACCUGCAAAAACACCUCGCCCUCGAUCUCUCCAACCCCAAAGUCUACAUAUCGCGGAUACACUGCGGCGCCUUCACCCUGGCCAUUGACCGUCUCAAAAUCAUAGCUCCGGAGACCCAAUCCGAAGUCUCCCUCUCGGAAGCCAGCAGCGCACCCGAGGCAAGCGCCAGCCAGCUCGCCGUACAGGAGCUGUACUCCUCGCUCGUAUGUGAGGCCAGCGGGACUGGCAAGUUCCUUCCCGAAAGCAUGGCCGGGGAGCCGCGUUCCUCGACGCCAUCAUCCACAGGGAGCGGCAGACAUGGACAGAGAAAGAGAGCAGUUAGUACGACGGCAGGUGCGAGUGCGACGACGAAACGACCGAGAGGUCGCCCGAAAGCUGUGAAUGGUGGCCGGGAGGCGCAGACUGAAGAAGACAUGGGAGAUGCCUGAAUGUCGGUUUAUUAAAGUCAGUGAUGCUUUUAGCUUGUCAUUUGUAACGACAGAGAAACAGGAUUUGUGGGCGCCAUUUGAGGUUCUGAAGGCAUUACGAUGGUCGAGACCUCGCGAAGGACUUGCCCUUGGAUAGGAAAGGGGAAGAGCCUGUUGCGCAUUCCUCUGUAUAAUAGAAGGGGUGUAGGGUUGUCAACGCAGCAGAACAGAAGUGAUUGGGAAGGAAGAAGAUCGAGUCAAUUUCAUGUAAAGACGGCAGCUAAUGCAUUGAUCAAUCCUUACACUAUAUAUGUGUAAA